GUUAAGGCAGCAGAAAUGAACCAAGAAAAGUUGAAGAAACUACAGGCCCAGUUGCGGAUUGGAGGAAAAGGAACUCCGCGAAGGAAGAAGAAGGUUGUUCAUGCAACCGCAGCUACUGGUGACAAGAAGUUGCAAAGUUCGUUGAAGAAGCUUUCAGUAAAUAUUAUACCGGGCAUCGAAGAAGUAAAUAUGAUCAAGGAUGACGGUGCUGUAAUUCACUUUAAUAAUCCUAAAGCCCAAGCAUCUUCAGCGUCCAAUACAUUUGCCAUCACUGGCCUUGGAGAAACCAAGCAAAUUACAGAAAUGUUACCGGGUAUUGUAAGUCAGUUGGGCAUUGAAGGUUUGACUCAAUUAAAGCGCCUGGCGUCGAGUGUUGCAAACAGUGCUGCAGGUGGCAAAGCUAGCAAUGAAGAAGACGACGAAGUUCCUGAACUUGUUGAGAACUUGGACGAGGCAAGUAAGGAAGAGGUUGCUGUAAUAUCAGAUAAAUCCAGGGGGACGGAGGCAGAUGGAUUCGAAGGUGACGGAAAACAGUGA